AGGGGGGUUGCUUGGUGGAUCGAUGAUGGCUAAGUAGCUGACUAGCUGUUGUGUCAGCGUCCGUCUCAGUCCAUUCCCUGCCUUCUUGUACUAAUCGCCAUUCCUCACUUACUCUAUAUUUCUCAUUUCCGUCUCCUUUCCCCUUCUGAUCUGCUCAAUUUCCAGUGUACCGCAGUGAGGAGAACCCAUGGGAAGUGCAUCGUCAAGGUUAACUCAAUACGAUAUUGACGAAGUUCAGGAACACUGCAAUAAUUUAUUUACCCAGCAAGAAAUAGUGUCAUUGUAUCAGAGGUUUUGUCAGCUUGAUCGAAGUGCCAAGGGUUAUAUAUCUGCUGAUGAGUUCUUAUCGGUGCCGGAGUUUGCAAUGAACCCACUUUCUCAGAGGCUGCUUAAAAUGGUGGAUGGGUUGAACUUCAAAGACUUUGUGGCUUUCUUAUCUGCGUUUAGUGCUAAAGCUACAAUGGAUCAGAAGAUUGAACUUAUCUUCAAAGUUUAUGAUUCAGACUGUAAUGGGAAAGUGUCGUUCGAUGACAUACUAGAAGUACUACGUGAUUUGACUGGUUCAUUCAUGUCUGAUAAGCAAAGAGAGCAAGUCUUGAGCCUAGUUUUGCAAGAAGCAGGCUACACAAGAGAGUCUUCUUUGUUGUUAGAUGACUUCAUUAAGGAAUUCAAGGAGAAAAGGUGUUGAAGCUAACUAUGUGCCUUCUGAAGGGCCCAAUGAUUGGCAAAAAGGCGAGCCCCUUCUAUCCAACAAACUCGGUGCAUGCACAUUCACAUUUUAAUGUUUGAAACUUAGCUACAAGUGUCCAAAAUAAACUUCAUUGCCCUAAAAACAAGAUUGAGUUCAGCUCUUAUGCUUUCCUGAGAACAGGCCUACAGCCCAGUGGUCUCCUCUUGGGGUUUGGGUGCCUGUUUGAAGGGAUUGGGGAGUGUUGGAGGCUACUUUGGAAGGGCUGUACCCAUGGCAGCCAUUGAAAAAGCCCAGCAUAACCACCCAAGAAGGGUGGAGGGGGUUCAGAAGGGUGAGAUAGUGAAAAUGGAUUUGACAGUUCUAUAAUUUUUGGAGGAUAUUUUGUCUGAUUGUGCAAAUACAGAAAGAAGAUUCAUAUUGUCUACACUUCAAUUUUGUUGUAGUAUUGAAUGGCCUUCAUAUAUCUAAAUUCUAAACGGAUAAUA